GCUAGCCUAGUAGUGUAAUAUUUUGUCAACAUUGAUAUCAUGUGCAUUUCAUAUGGAGGAGUCGAUAAUGCCGAACCGGAAGUAACAACUUGCUUUCAUGUCUGAGUAAAUUUCUCGGUGUCAACUGGUAAAAAUGGGCAGUCGUCUGAAGACUAACCCAGAUCAUCUGUAUGAGGCUUUCUUUGAAGUAGCUGCUCCAAGUGAUGAUAACCCUGCACCCCAUAUUGUAUCUACAUUUCCACCCACCUUUCAUGAUGAGGUGGCAGCCAAGGAAUUACCAAGGUUCUGUUUUCCUUGUGAUCUUAGCAGGUACAAUCCUGCGGGUCAACUCUUCACAUUUGUCCUGACUGGAAUAGAUAAUUUACAACGGUUUGGUUUUUGUAGACAUCCUCCAGGAGCAAAGACAGCAAUAUGUAUCCUCAGUUACUUGCCAUGGUUUGACAUCUUCUAUAAAAUACUCAACAAGCUUGCUAGUCUGAAGAAUAGCUGUGAACCUGCUGCUACCGCCCUCUUGGACCAACUUCAUAAAGUCAGCGUACCCGGCCCCGGUAAACAACUCAGAAUCACCGUUAGCGAAGGUGGUAACACAUCGGAAAUGCUUCACACUUGCCCAGAUGACACCCGAAUCUUGCCUAGUAUUCCUGAAAAUAUAAAUAUGACAGAGUAUUUCAGUGCAGUAACUCCAGAAAAUAUGAUCAUCCUAUUUGUUAGUUUAUUACAUGAAAGGAGAGUUCUAAUUACAUCAGAGAAAUUACACAGGUUAACAGCGUGUGUGUAUGGUGCAGUCUCGAUGUUACACCCCCUCCAUUGGCAGCAUAUAUACAUUCCUGUGACUCCAUCACAUCUAAUAGACUACUGCUCAGCUCCAAUGCCAUUCAUCAUAGGUGUACAUUCUUCAUUCAUGGAGAAAGUGAAGAAGAUGGCGUUAGAUGAAGUGGUGAUACUCGAUGCUGAUAAUAAUUCAAUAGAAACACCUUUCAAUGAUUUACAAGUACUUCCAUCUGAAGCAGUGACGCAGCUGAAACACAACCUGAAGAAUUCAAGUCAAGUGAGCGGCGAUGGUGUGGCGAGGUCAUUUCUCAAGACGUUAGUCUACCUUCUUGGUAGCUAUAGAGAAGCACUUACUCUAGAGAAUGGAGAAAUUGUAUUUGACAGAGAUGCAUUUGUAAGCAAUGGUUCCAGACAUGAAUUAGCAUUCAGGAAUACAGUACUUCAGCUCCAACACUUUGCACAGUUUGUUGAGUUUCGAGUAGGUGCCCUGAAUAGGAAUGAAGCUAUAGAUGAUCUCUUUGAGGAAGAACUUGACAGCAGAAUAGCAUCAGGUUCUAAGAUCCAAGAGAAUAUCAGAAGACGUCUACUACAAGCUAAAGCUAAGAGCACUGUGCUAUAUGGAAAGAUUAAAGACAAGUCAAGAGAUGCCAAAGAUAGGGUUGUACAGGCUCAGGGAAAUUUCAAAGUUCCUGUCACAGUCAACCCACAAGCAGUCAAGGAUGCUUUCUUACAGACAAAAAGUAUAGCAGGAAAGAGGAUAAACACAAUGAAAGAUAAGCUCAAAUUCAAGGAGACUGAGGAUAUCUUAACAGUACGAAGGGAUCAUCCUGAAAUAUCUCGUCCUAUCACUGCUACCAGGAGUACACCGUCAUCACCAUCUUCCAGUCCUGUACUAUCAAGAAGAAAACCUACAUCAGCAUCCGCUCAGAGUUCUCAUCGACCAAGGACUUUUAUGCUUCCUUCACAGCCUAAGGACAGAAUCAGCGAGAAGGUGCGUGGUACGAGACACUACGAAGUCCUGGAAGUGGAUGGUAGUGAAGAGAUGACCCUUGAACAGUUUUUAAGAGACGAUGCCUCCCUGCCUGCCCGAUAUAGCAGCAUGGAUCUUAUGCCCUCGGUGCAACCUAUCCUCAACAAAUUCAAUGCAUCGCCAACGCAGAAGCAAUCGACAGAAGAUGACAAAGUUGGAGAGGCUUCUGGUGAGCAAUCAACAACUCCCCAACCACCGGCUCGUAGAAAGCGGGACAAGAAGAAACAGGAAGAUGAAAUCAGUUUACGGAGCAACCGUAGUAGUUCCAGUAGUCUUGUUAGGAUGGACUUACCUUCUAGUGAUAAGGAGCAAGGAGCUGGUCUCCAACCCCUUCCACCAAAGGGAAGACCACGUAACGCACCACCACCACCACCGCCAACCUACCUAUCAUCCGCCCGCCAUCAGUCUUCAUCAAAUAACUCUAACCAGUGUUCUUUAAUUGAUAUAACUCAUGAGAGUCCCGAUAGUCCAAUCAAGUGUGAGUUUGAGGACAACUUUGAACCCCUUGUUACAUUACAGGGAUCAGCGCAUUCGGUAGACAGUCCAGAUACUGGGAAGCGAAAAACGAGAGGUACAGAGCUGUUAGAGGAAUAUGGACUAUUCUUUGAUACCCUUGAUGUAUCACAGCCAUCUUCCUUACCAGUUGCUCCAGUAGGACAGGAAUCAGGGACACCUAUGCAGAGUCAGCAAGGACUCAUGCCUCAUCCAGGACUUGUCAGGAACAGUAGCGGCCUAGCAGAUCUUCUGUCGGUGCCUCAAAUAAAUGUUGCUAACUCUUCCUUGGAGUUGUCGGCACCUGUGCACUCUGUUCCAUCGUCAAAUCCCUUUGCCUCUUCCCAACCGGCAGUGCCUCACCAACCUAGCACAAACCCUUUCAAGAAACCUCUAGAACCCACCAAGUCCGUGACAUUAAGUGCUGAACCUGAUGACCCUUUUGCUGCUUUGGUUUCCAUACAGAAGACCAACAUUAGUCCUGUCAGUAAAGAUUCUCCAGGAAUACCAGCUAGAGGCCCCAGCCCAUCAUGAGAAAACGAGUGAGACCUUUUUGAGCCAGUAUUUUUUCAACCAGUUAUUCAUCGUACAUCACCUCAUGGUACUUAAUCCACAUCACAGGUUUGGCUAAUUAAAAAAGAAAAAUCAAGCUUUUCAUUGGAAUGUUUUAUAACAGAUUAUGUCAUAAAUAUUCAUUUUUGCCUUGGAAGACUGGUUUGAUUGGAUGUUUACAAACAAAAUAUAUGAUUUAAAUUAUUUGAGAAGUGUUGUGGUCCUGAGGCUGGCCUCAAAGCCAUUAUGAUUCGGUGACCAAUUUUAAUGCAAAUUUUGAAAAUAGUUACAAAGGUGAUAUAGUCAGUAAAAAAAUCUCAGAAAAAGUUAGGAAUACCAGAUGUAGGUUUUUUUAAUUUUAUUUAGGGGCUACUUUUCACAUCAUACUGCAUAAAUCUGCAGUAAAUUGGAAAGCUGC